AUAAAAUAAUUUCUAAGCGCACUCAUUGUUUUUUUCCCGAAAAAAAAGCCGAAAUUUCAAAAUAAUUUCUUUGCUUAUUUUCACAAUAGAAAGAAAAUAUCUACAAUUUAAAAAAAUUAAAAAAGUACUAAAAUAUCACAAACAUGUCGAAAGCCCAUCCUCCAGAGUUGAAAAAAUACAUGGACAAGAAACUUUCAUUGAAGUUGAAUGGAGGUCGAUGCGUGCAAGGCAUCCUUCGUGGAUUUGAUCCAUUCAUGAAUGUGGUCGUCGAUGAAGCAUUAGAACUCUGCAAAGAUGGUAAAAAAAAUGAAAUCGGGAUGGUGGUCAUUCGUGGAAACAGCAUAAUUAUGGUUGAAGCUCUUGAGCGGAUAUAAUAAUCUUUAAAAUUCUUAAUAAUAUUUUAAGGUUUUCAUUCUCAUAACUUUAAUUUCCUUCAGCAUUUGUAAGUUGAACAAAUAAAAAAAAUUGCUUAAAAUUCAAA